AUGCUGGUGUGCGGGGUUGGAUACUGCCGGAGGCCCCGCCCCAACGUGACGCACCGUGCCUCAAUUAAGGACUCGAAGCUCUCAGCCUCAGUCUCCCAAGAUAACCUGGAGCGGAUCGGAGCUUUACGCAUACAGGAUACAUUUAAGAGGAAAGGAUCUAAGACGAUGAUGGAACUGGUGACCAGUAUCCCUUUCUAUCACUUCAGUCCAGUGGACGAAACUGGGAGAAACGGCUCUUCCUACUCUUAUGAUGACAAUGAUGAGUAUGAAUACAAGGAUGAACAUAGCUCCAAGGACGAUCAUGCAAAGCUGAGACAGUCUCUCAACAACAUGUCUCUGGUUGUGUACUGCAUGGCAUUCGUCCUCGGUGUACUCGGAAAUGGAGUAGUCAUCUGGGUGACCGGUUUUAAGAUGAAGAGGACUGUUAACACCGUUUGGUUCCUCAAUCUCGCCGUGGCUGACUUUCUCUUUACUGCAUUCCUUCCUCUUAGUGUGACAUACACAGCUUUGGAUUUCCACUGGCCUUUUGGCAAAUUCAUGUGCAAACUGAACACCACCAUAAGUUUUCUCAACAUGUUUGCCAGCGUCUACAUCCUGGUGGUGAUCAGUGUGGACAGAUGUGUGUCGGUGGUGUGGCCCGUCUGGGCACAGAACCACCGAAAUGCACGCAAAGCUUCCAUAGUGAGUCUGUGUGUUUGGGUGCUGGCUUUGGUUCUCAGCUCUCCCUACUUCAUCUUCAGGGACACGGCCCCAUCCUUUCACAACGAAAGUAUAAUCAACUGCUUCAACAACUUUGCUUUUUCCGACGACUAUGAAACUCAAUCCGUGAAUCAGCUGCGAGUCUUUCGCCAUCAGGCCAUGACGAUCACCCGCCUGCUCCUGGGAUUUGUCGCUCCUUUCACUAUCAUUGUGUCCUGCUACGCUGUCAUAAUCCAUCGACUCAGAAGAAACCGCACCAUGGCCAGCAAAUCAAGCCGUCCUUUUAAAAUAAUUGCAGCUAUUGUCAUUACCUUUUUCCUUUGCUGGUCUCCUUUUCAUAUCAUGUGUCUAAUUGAGCUGAUGAAUCAUAUGUCGGAUAACACAAAUGAAACAUUAGACCACAUCAUCAUUAUUGGGCUUCCUAUAGCUACAAGUCUGGCCUACCUCAACAGCUGUUUGAACCCACUCCUGUAUGUAUUUAUGGGCCAAGAUUUCAAGGAUAAGGUCCGCAAAUCCAUCCUGCAUGUGUUGGAGGCUGCCUUCCAGGAGGAGGUGUCUCGCUCCUACACCUACACAAACUCAAUGGUCACCACUCGGAGCAAAGACAAGUCAUUCUCUGAUGCAGAGGUAGUACUUGUCAUGCUUCAUUAUGCAGGUUUCAAGACAACCAUGAAGAUGAAUGCUACAUCUUUUGAUGUCAUCAAUACAACUGAGGCUCCAGUGAAUUUCACCUUGGAUAACACGUUUGCAAACCUUAGCAAAUCUAUCAACACCAUGUCUCUGGUUGUGUACUGCAUGGCAUUCGUCCUCGGUGUACUCGGGAAUGGAGUAGUUAUCUGGGUGACAGGCUUCAAAAUGAAGAGAACUGUUUACACCGUUUGGUUCCUCAACCUCGCUGUGGCUGACUUCCUCUUCACCGCAUUUCUACCCUUGAGUAUCACAUAUCAAUCUUUAGACUUCCACUGGCCUUUUGGAAGAUUCAUGUGCAAAUUGAAUAGCGCUGUGGCUUUUCUCAACAUGUUUGCCAGCGUCUACAUCCUGGUGGUGAUCAGUGUGGACAGAUGUGUGUCGGUGGUGUGGCCCAUCUGGGCACAGAACCACCGAAAUGCGCGCAAAGCUUCCAUUAUGAGUCUGUGUGUUUGGGUGCUGGCUUUGGUUCUCAGCUCUCCCUACUUCAUCUUCAGGGACACGGCCCCAUCCUUCCACAGCAACGACAUCAUCAUCUGCUUCACUAACUAUGCUUUAUCUGAUGACUUUGUAACUCCGUCUGUAAAUCAGGUGCGCAUCUUUCGCCAUAAAGCCAUGACAAUCUUCCGGUUCAUUUUAGGAUUUGCCAUCCCUUUCAGUAUCAUUGUGGCCUGUUAUGCUGUCAUAAUCCGUAGUCUCAGAAGAAACCGCACACUGGCCAGCCAAUCCAAUCGCACAUAUAAGAUAAUUGCAGCCAUCAUCAUUACUUUCUUCCUUUGCUGGGCUCCUUUUCACAUUAUGUUUUUAGUUGAGCUGGUACACUUCUCUGCAGUCCAACAAAGUUUAACAUUAACAUAUGUGAUUGCCAUUGGGAUCCCACUGACCACCAGUCUGGCCUUUCUCAGCAGCUGUUUGAACCCGAUUCUGUAUGUGUUUGUGGGCCAAGAUUUUAAGGACAGGGUCCGUAAAUCCAUCCUGACUGUUUUGGAGACUGUUUUCCAUGAAGAUGAGACACAGUUUCGCACUGAUAUGAAGUCAAUGGAAAGCAAACAAAGCAAAGAGAAGUCGGAGGACAACAGUGCAGUGUAA